AAUUUCAAGCAGCUGAUAUCGAUUGGACGACAGGGCUGGACCUCACAAAUAAAUAUAAAACCAAAAUAUUCAGUGGUCUCUCAAUUUGAAGAAUAAUACAAACGGAAGAUGUCUGCCCUGCGCCGUGAUGUGUCGCCUUUAAUCCAGCGUAUUCGGGCCUUCCUCCUGGGUCGGGAGCACAACCUGGCCCUGCGCUUCGAGGACGGACUGGCCGAUCGCACCCAGCCACAGCCGGAAAUCCCAGAUGGCCCAUCGCAUCUACUCUCGGCCAACUACUACUGCCAGCGGGAUGGACGUCGCGAGGUUCUGCCGCCCAUCGACCUGGUGGAGCAGCAAAAGCAGCUGGCGGGAGAGGCUGGGGAAGCGGCGAAGGCCCCGUCUUCCAAGCUGCCCACUCCCGGCAAGGUCUAUGCCUGGGAUUAAUGGGCCGCUUCACCGCGGGAAUCGCCUUUUUUUGAGUUGUAGUACGAGCCGGUUAAAGCUAAUAUAGAAUCAAAUUGAA